AGCCAAGGGUGGGUGGCCGGGCGUGCAGGGGCCUGCGGGCACGCGCGCGCGCGCCGGGCCCCAAGGUCCAGGGGGAAGUCGGGGAGCGCCCGCCGCCAAUCCGCACGCGCAGCCCGCGGCCGGCGGCGCGCGCCAGGGCGGGGGUGGUGCGUGCGUGUGAGCGCGGGUGUAUGUGUGAAGCUCGGCGAGGCGAGCGACCAGUCAGCCCCGGGUGCUACGUCCCCCCACCGUCUGUCUCGCCAUUCCCACAAUCCCCAGUCCUUGUCUGCCACCCUCCCAGGCCCCCUUAACUACGGUUGCUCGGCAAGCGACAGCCUGGGAAGCAGGUGUCCGAGGGUUGCGGGCGGGAGGAUAACGCCAGACAAAAGGGGCGCCGGGGUCAGCCCGUCAUGGCCUCCCGCAGCCUGGGGGGCCUGAGCGGGAUCCGCGGCGCGGGCGGCGGCGGGGGCGGCAAGAAGAGCCUGAGCGCCCGGAACGCUGCAGUGGAGAGGAGGAACCUGAUCACGGUGUGCAGGUUUUCUGUGAAGACUCUGAUUGACCGGUCUUGCUUUGAGACAAUUGAUGACUCUUCCCCUGAAUUUAACAACUUUGCAGCUAUUUUGGAGCAGAUCCUAAGUCACCGACUAAAAGGUCAAGUAACCUGGUUUGGUUAUGAAAGUCCUCGUAGCUUCUGGGACUAUAUCAGAGUGGCUUGCCGGAAAGUUUCACAGAAUUGUAUCUGCAGCAUUGAAAAUAUGGAAAAUGUCAGUUCCUCUAGAGCAAAGGGUAGAGCCUGGAUCAGAGUAGCACUCAUGGAAAAACAUUUAUCUGAAUACAUCUCUACAGCUCUGAGAGACUUCAAAACAACCAGGAGAUUUUAUGAAGAUGGAGCAAUUGUCUUGGGUGAAGAAGCAAAUAUGCUUGCUGGCAUGCUGCUUGGACUUAAUGCGAUUGAUUUCAGCUUCUGCCUAAAAGGAGAAGGAUUGGAUGGCAAUUUUCCUGCUGUAAUAGACUACACACCAUAUUUGAAGUUUACACAAAGUUCUGAUAGUAUCAGCAGUGAUGAAGAAGAGCUGAGGACUUUGGGAAGCAGUGGUAGUGAAAGCAGCACUCCUGAGAAUGUUGGACCUCCUUUCAUCACAGAUGACAAUAGUUGGUUCAACAAAUGUAAAAGAGUUAAACAGAAGUAUCAACUAACCUUGGAACAGAAGGGUUAUCUUGAAGAACUCUUAAGACUUCGAGAGAACCAGCUGUCUGAAUCUGUCUCCCAAAACAAAAUACUGCUUCAAAGGAUUGAAGAUUCAGACUUGGCCCAUAAAUUGGAAAAGGAACAAUUGGAAUAUAUAAUAGUGGAACUUCAAGAUCAGUUGACUGUGCUAAAGAAUAAUGAUUUAAGAUCAAGACAAGAGUUAACUGCCCAUCUCACCAACCAGUGGCCUUCCCCAGGAGCUCUGGAUGUCAAUGCUGUUGCCUUGGAUACGUUGCUUUACCGAAAACACAAUAAACAGUGGUAUGAAAAAAGUUAUCAAAGUCUUGACCAGUUGUCAGCAGAAGUUAGCCUUUCUCAGACUUCACUGGAUCCAUGUCAGUCACAAGACGGAGAUAAACAGGACUCAUUACAUUUAAUUUGUGAAGGUAAAGAAGAUACUCCAUCACUACUCGGUCUUUGUGGGUCUUUAACAUCAGUGGCAAGUUACAAAUCUCUGACAAGCCUAAAAUCUAAUGACUACCUUGCAAGUCCUACAACAGAGAUGACAAGUCCAGGCCUAACUCCAUCCUGAAUAUCUUGUGUAAAACCAAAAGUUUUCUUAUGUUGCAGAUGUUCUCUUUACAUGAAGUUUAACCGAUGGGAAAACCUUUGGAACUUUAUAUUGUUCUGGCACAUUGUCUAAACUUCUGUUGCUCAUAUUAUAGAAUUCAAUCAACUCCAUGUAAACUUUUGAGUGAAAAAAAAUGAUCCUGCUAUUUUUAAUUUAAAAUACUAGUAUUUGUCACUGAGGAAACAUAAAAAAUGAAUAGGCUAAAAAAAACUUAAGAUUAUCUAAAUUAAUAAUCCACUGCAAAAUUCCUCAGUUGAUUUUCAUAUAUUUAAAUAUAGCAUACUUCUCAAAGACUGAAUUGGUUUUAUUAUACCAGAGACUUCAGCUAAGUGUUUUCUUUUGCUCUUUACUCAGUAGUAAUUUUUUUAGAAGUUAUUUAAUUUAUUCCUAGGUUCUAAUAAUAUUUAAAUGCUUUGUUUUUCAUAACUGUAGUUUUAUAGUGGCUUAUUCAGCUUUUCUUUAACAAUUACUAUUUGUAUCAGCUUAACAUUCCAUAUAAUAUUUUAUAAAUCUUGCAGGAAUAUGCCUUUAGGCAGUUAUUAAAUUUGUCAAGGCCACCGGAAAGUAUUUUACAUUAUUUUAGGUCAUUUAAGUAAAAUGAAUAAAGUUGCUUUCUUGAGAUUUAAAAAAAAGGUUUCAAUUAAAAAUUUGAUUGAAUAUGCCUCAAAAACAUAGGAUAUUAAAAAUGUAACAAAAUAUUUAAAGUUUAAGAAUCUGAGAAGCUAUUAAAUAAGUUACCAUACUCAACAAUAUGUCUGACAUAAAGUUAUAUUUUCCCCAGUGGGCAAUGAUAAAUUAUGUAUGUUUUACAGGAUCCAUCAUGUCAUAAUCUCAUUUUAAAAUUACUGCAAAAAAAUCUUUAUACUUCUAUAGGUUAAAAUGUUAGUUGUUUUUUUAAGCUUCAAGCUGUAUUUUAAGUAUUUUUGCAAUAUUUGGAACAACAGUACAUUUUGUCCCUAAAGAUUCCACCGUAUUAAAAAAGAAAGUCAUAGUAUGAAUUAUAUUUUCUAUAGUAAUAUGAGGAGAACAUGACCAGUUGUGCCAAAGAAGUUUUAUACAUUGUUUACAUGAAGAGGCUACAAUACUUAUCUGGGGACUUCAUAUGCUAUUUUGUUUAUUAAUAAAGCAUUACAUUCAAACUUAGUCGUCUUUAUAUGUGAGAAAGUUGUUCCUCCUGAAACAGUUGAUUUUAUUGAGAGGAGGCAAUGGUUGAACUUACCACAUUCAUUCUUUUUUACUAGAGAUGUAGGAAUGGGUGGUUCUUCACAAUGUUUAGAGCUCUACUCUCAUCUGGAGUUUAAAGUAAUAAAUAGUAACAAGUUUAGUCUUAUAUGGAAGACAGUUUAAAUAAUGCCAUUUCAGGGACAAAGGGAUCCUGGAAGCCCUUAAAGUAAGUUAUCUUAGAUGCAUCAAAACAUACUCAGAGUUUUAUUACUUUCGCUUAAGACUUUUUGUACUUGUAUAAAUACAAAUUAUUCUUGAGAAAUGGCACCUUCUAUCUACUCUUACGUCUGUACACCUUAUUAUGUAUGAGGUGUCCCAAGCAGUUUUUAAUGGCAUGGGAUAUGAAAGGAAAGUAUAAAAUGAGCAGAAGGGAAAGCUUGGGCAGAGGGUGUGAGGAAUGAAGUAGGGAACAGCACAACAACUAGGCCAGCCUUAAGCACUUUUGUUGCUUUUUCAAGAACUGUCUAAAUGUCCACUCUCAACUAACAUUUAUUAUCUUUCAGUGAUUAAAAUUAAUUGUUAAAAUUUUUCCAUAUUCUUUUUAUAAUAUAGAAAGGAAAUUCAAGAUUUCACAAUUGGUAAUUUUUCAGAUUUGUCUAAAAGUGUAUGAAAUGUAUGCAUUGUAAUGUUCUGCUACAGGCAGAUUUAAACAUGACAUUUGAGGAUCAUGACUUUUCCUCCUUUCUUGGAGCUCUUGGUAUGAAAUUCAUCUGUUAAUGUGAAUUUAGGCUUCUACAUGAUUCAUUUCAUAUUAGUUAUAAGAGAUAGUUUGUUAAUGUCUGCAUGAGGAAACUAUGUACAUCUUAAGCUUUAAUUUUAGGUAGUAGUGUCUAUUUAUUGUUCACUUAUCCUCUCCCAAAAUAGAAUGCUGAAUUAUAAGCUGAUAUUUAUGUGUAUUUUGUUGCCUUGGUAUACUAUAUGUGUUGCAUGUAUAUUAAAUAUUUUGUACAAUGCA